UAGGGAGGGCUAGCCAGGCUUGGAAAGCUCUGGAGCGCGUGACGUCGCUCCUCGAGGGGAGCUGAGGAGAGGAAACAGCUGCAUCGCCUGCAGGCCAGCCUUCUCUCUGCCAGCUCGAGCGCCUCCGGGCUGCCUUGCAAGGGACGUCGCGCCGCUCCUUUCAUUUGCCACGGCCCAAAACGCUUCGUUUUGCCACACCUUCAGUUUCCUCUGCUGUUAUCAGUCCAGACACCAUGUCAAGCAAAGGAAAGACUGGAAAAUAUAGGGGAUCUGUGAAGGAUUUCCCGAACUUUGAUGCCAACCAGGAUGCUGAGGCAUUAUAUAAUGCUAUGAAAGGAUUUGGUAGUGACAAAGAAGCCAUACUUGACCUCAUAACAUCCAGAAGCAGUAAACAAAGAAUUGAGAUCUGCCAAGCCUAUAAGUCUCUCUAUGGAAAGGACCUGAUUGCAGACUUGAAGUAUGAGCUAACGGGGAAAUUUGAAAGACUGAUUGUGGGUCUAAUGAGACCCUUAGAAUACUUUGAUGCCAAGGAAAUCAAAGAUGCCCUUAAGGGCAUUGGGACUGAUGAAAAGAGCCUGAUUGAAAUCUUGGCUUCUCGGACCAAUCAGCAGAUCCGUGCUCUGGUGGAGGCCUACAAAGAUGCUUACGAGAGGAACCUGGAGGAAGAUGUCAUAGCAGACACUUCUGGACACUUCAAAAAAAUGCUAAUUGUCCUCCUUCAGGGCACUCGGGAAGAAGAUGAUGUUGUGAGUGAAGACUUAGUGGAACAAGAUGCCAAGGAUCUGUUGGAUGCGGGAGAAGUUAAGUGGGGUACAGAUGAGGCCCAGUUCAUCUAUAUUCUUGGAAACCGAAGCAAACUACACUUGCGGCUUGAUUGCCACUUGGAUGCCUACAAAAUUGUCAAGCGAAACAGUUCACAAAUUAUGAAGAACACAGGUUGGGAUCUGAUUGCAGACUUGAAAUCUGAAAUAGGCGGGGCCUUGGCAAAGGUUAUCCUUGGGCUGAUGAUGACACCAGCGCAGUAUGAUGCUAAGCAACUGAAGAAAGCCAUGGAGGGUGCUGGCACAGAUGAAAGCAUUCUCAUCGAAAUCUUGGCCACAAGAACCAAUCAGGAGAUUGAAGCAAUUAAUGCAGCUUAUCAAGAAGCUUACCAUAAGUCUUUGGAAGAUGCACUGAGUUCUGAUACUUCAGGACAUUUCAAAAGGAUCCUGAUCUCUCUGGCUCUGGGCAACCGUGAUGAGGGAGGAGUGGACCUUGCAAAAGCUCAUGAGGAUGCCAAGGUUGUUGCUGAAACCCUGAAAUUAGCUGAUGUUUCCAGUGACGACUCAACAUCCUUGGAGACACGCUUCCUGAGCAUUUUGUGCACACAGAGCUACCCACAGCUCAGGAAGGUCUUCCAAGAGUUCAUUAAGAUGACCAAUCACGACGUAGCGCAUGCCAUCAACAAGCGGAUGUCUGGAGAUGUGAGGGAUGCCUUUUUAGCCAUUGUGCGCAGUGUCAAGAACAAGCAGGCUUUCUUUGCGGACAAGCUGUAUAAGUCCAUGAAGGGUGCUGGCACAGACGACAGAACCCUCAUCAGGAUCAUUGUCUCGAGAAGCGAAAUCGAUCUUUUGAACAUCCGACGUGAAUUUUGGGACCUAUUUGACAAAUCCCUCUACCACAUGAUGGAGAAAGACACUUCAGGAGAUUACCGCAAAGCUUUGCUGGCCAUCUGUGGGGGAGAAGAUUAAGCAGUCAGAGACUGCUAUAGAAGCCUGUCCUUGUGUCUGAGCCAUUGUCACUUUCACAGUCUAGAUGUCACUGCGGGUUUUAGGAGCUUUAAUGGAUGUUUUAGAGCCACUGAGAAGAUUCAUUUUGUGCUAGAAAACAAUGCGUCACAGAAGAGAUUUACAGUGCAAGCAGUUAAGACCACAAGGGUUGGUUGCUCAGUCCUAUGGAUGGGGAAAUAUUGUCUGAACUGGUGCAAAACUGAGUAGUGUGCACAUGUCCUACCAAGUUACACUGAUAUUGGGUACUUUAAACCAAAGAAAUAAAAUAUCAAUAUUGCUGGCCA